CGCAGUGCACCGCCGAUGCCCGUGCGCACAGCACGUACACACGCGCGCGACUGUCACAACUGACAACGACCAUAGUAUUGUCAAAUUCAAAAAUGGAACGAAUGCUUCCUAAUCGAUUCUAUUUCGAUUUAACUUGAUGUAUGCGGCCAGUAUUUUUUUUUGUUUUUUUUUUUUUCGGAAUGGAUUGAAGUGACUGUUGCCAGUAUUUUGCUAUAUAUAUAUUUUUUUGGAAUGACAUUUUUAAAUACAGGUGUUAGUGUAUCGUAUACAGUGCUAAAUACUUUUUAAGGUCCGACUAACUUUGUUCAGUCGGUUAUGUGGUUACAAGGGCGUGAAUUUUGACUCGUUACAUGUGUGAACUGUUAUCGUUGAAAUUGAAGAAUUCCAUAUGAGCAUUUGUGGAAAUAAAUUGAUGAUAAUUAUAAAUCAAUAAAGGAUUAUACAGCCGCUGUUAAAUAGAACGCUGUGUGAGUGUGGAGUGGCGGGCUCGGCGCUAAUGAUGACAACUGCGGGGGCGCGGAGGCACGCCACUCGGAGCGUACUGAUACAUCCUCAUCAACAUGUUCACGAGGUUCGACCAAGGCAAAUCCACGAAAGGCGCGAGCAAGCUUCGACGCGACCUGAUCAAUGCGGAGAUCGCCAACCUUCGGGAUCUCCUGCCUCUGCCUCCCUCCACUCGCCAGAGGCUCUCGCAGUUGCAGCUAAUGGCGCUGGUCUGCGUCUACGUAAGAAAAUCCAACUAUUUUCAGCAAGUAUUCAAACGCUUUGACAUCAACCAUCAACCAUCGAACGCGCCGAAUUUUGGAUUUUCUAAGGCUCUAAAUGGCUUCUUGAUGAUGAUGACUCAGAACGGAAAACUCUUGUAUAUAUCAGACAACGCGGCAGAAUACCUCGGACAUUCGAUGGAGGACCUGUUGAUUCACGGAGACAGUGUCUAUGACGUCAUCGACAAACAGGACCAGCAGGCGGUCAGGACGGAGCUGUCCAGGGCUCCCACUGACGGAGAAGACAGAGUGUUCCUCUGUCGUAUGAAUGUCGCUAGAAACGCGAGGAGACAGAUGCGGUUUGGUGAUCAAAAGGUGGUGUUGGUACGUGGUCAUUUCGUGUCCUAUCUUCCACUGUGCAGUCGCAACGAGCCAGUCUUCCUUGCUGCCUGCACACCACUCGCCAUGCCGGAAACCAGAGAAUGCGUUGUGCACGGAGCCACCAACGUCUUCACUACAGUACACGCGAUGGACAUGAAAAUACUGCAUAUAGAUACCAAUAGCGAGUGGCACCUCGGCUGGGAUAAAAACUCGCUCCACGGAGUCAGCUGGUACCACCUCCUACAUCCAGAUUGCUGUAAAGAAGCGCAGAACAAACAUAGACUUAUAACCCAAUCAGAGCAAGAGCGAUCUUGCAUCGCGCUAUUGCGCCUUCAGCGGCGAUGUGGCCAAUUCCUCUGGGUUCAUGCGGUUCUCCAGCUCAAAGACAACCUGGAGAACUCUCAGAGGCCCGUCAUCGUGUGCACCAACCAGGUUUUGAGUGAACAAGAAGCAGCUGUGAUGAAAGCAAAUCCGUGGCUUUAUCACUAUUAUGCGGUUCAAUCUAAACUUCAUUAUGGUUUGGCUUAUGAAGCGGCCACCAGGAUGUAUGGACCUCCCCCGCCAGAUAUCCAGGUCUACCCUCCAACAAUGCAAUAUACACCGACUCCCGCAGUUUGUCUUAAUGGAAACCAAGCUAUGAUGAUGCCAAAUGCUGGUCUUCAGAAUCACAUCCCUCAAGUUCCUCCACACUUAACACCUAUUCAUUACGCUUACGAAAGACUUGAUAAUGGGCCAGUAGACUAUUCAGUGUCGCUUCAAGAAAACAGGGGAUAUCAUAAUAUACGGAUAGAAGAUAUCAGGUCUCCUGAAACGAAAAGAAAAGUGAAACAGGAGGAAGAUAAAACUAGCGUACCUAAUAUAUCGCCUAGAUUUUCAUCCGCUGCUGGGGACACUUUAGUCGCCAUAGCAGCAACAACGGUUGCUACACGUAGGCCAGGCUCUAAAAAUUUUAAUAUCACUGAAACGGAGAUGAUAGAUCAAUGGAAUCCUAGUCCCACAUGGUCGGAAUCAGCUCUGCAGAAAGUUCCAGAUGUUUGUCACCAGGAGUUAAGUCCAUAUGCAAACACAACUCCUCCGACACCUUCAGGAACACCAUCAGCCUACACUCACAACUAUAGCAAUGCAUUCGUGUUCGACUGGUCGCCAGAGCAAUACGUUCCUUAUACUAACAAUAGAUGUAGUACCGUAACAACAGAAAGUUCCUAUCAACAAAAUUGGAAUAGAAAUCAUAGAACGACAUUUGUUAGUGCAAAUGAUAGUUCCGCCGACGAAAGUUGUACUUCUAACAGGUUAAACCUUCCGGCGAGGGUUAGUCGAACGCCGCCAGACCAUAACUCGUCAAGAGAAGACGAAAGCCUUAAGAGGCAAAUGGAACAUCUUAAUCCUGACUCUCCGUGUGCUAAAAAACCAGCGUUAUAGCUAUAAUUUAGUAAAUAAUAACUAUUAGAUUGUUUGUGUAACAUUAUUACUGUUACCUUAUACUCAUAAUAUACGUAAAAUCUUUGAUAGAUGUUUCUGGAACUCUCCUGUGAUCUACGUGUUUAUAAGAAUCGUGUAAAAUUAUUUUUUAGUCUUUGUACAAACCUAUGACACAUAAAAUGUGGUCUUAUUUUAAUAGAUAUAAUUUAAUGUAUAUAUUUACAUGAUGAUAUUUUUCGUCACUAUGUAUAUAAUAAGGUAGAUACAAACACGACCAUUGUGAAAUGUAUCUUCAUAGACACUUAUUGUGCAAUUGUUAAACCUUUGUUCUUUCUAUUUGUAAGUAGUAUACUUGAUUAUAAAGUUAGUUAGAAAAGUUUUAUUUCUACAAAGUAGGCAUGAUUUUUAUCAUUGUAAAUUUAUUAUAUAUUAACGAAACUAAAUCCGUCCUUCCUAAGAACUGGUUUAUUGUUAUGUACUUAUUAAAUAUAUAAGUUUAUUUAAUUUCAUAAAUAUGUUCAUAGAUUUAGUUUCUUUGAUGGGGAAAAUUUUAAAAUUUACUUU